AUGCAGGAACAAAUACUUCGUUUUCAAGAGUUGUCACUUCAACAACAUACUCCAAAGACAGGACCGAUAGCUGUUAAACUACCCAAGUUAGAACUCCCUACUUACAGCGGAGACAAAAUCAAGUUCAAGGAAUUCUGGGACGCUUUUGAGGCCACUGUUCACAAGAACCCAAAGCUCUCAAACAUAGAGAAAUUUAAUUCUCUGAAGAGCAAAUUGAAAGUAGUAGCUCAAGAAGCUAUUUCUGGACUUUCACUUUCAAAUGAGAACUAUGACGUAGCUGUUGCCACUCUAAGAGAGAGAUUUGGAGACAUCCAAUCACUUAUCAACAAACUCUAUGUAGAACUCAUCAAUACACAGUCAGCUACAAAUGACACGUCAAGCCUGCGGAAGUUAAAUGAUGACCUCGAGAGACAUCUGAGGAGCCUAGAAGCAUUACAUCAGGAUGUGAACCAAGAUGUGUUUGUCUCAAUGAUAACAUCAAAGCUACCUAAUAAAAACUCUGCUUCAGCUUGA